CUCACGUCAAAGCACAACAUGCCCCGUCAAGCUCGUCCGGAAUAAGAAAGCAUGGAUGGUUUGCUUCGGUGACUCGGCGGUGGCAGGGAGUCUGCCGAUGCCUGUCAAGGUCUGUCAGACCACUACACCGUUGCUACUCGAUCUACUAAAAUGUACUUGAACAUAUCGGCAUCGGACUCGCAUGAAGUCCACUCGUCAACGGCUCAGUACCAGUGGGACGAGCAGCUACAGGCAGUACAGCUAGCGAAUGGCCGGACGGUCAUGGAUGAAAGAAGAAAGUUGUUGUCUUGAACCGCUAAGUCCAAGGCCUGGACACUGACUACAUGCCUGGUGCUCCGCGACAUAGUUACCUGUGAUCAUGGCUCUUGUGCCAGCCCUCAAUCUGGAUGGCGACAGUAGCCGAAGCAGAAGUGUCGGGGAGGACUCUGUACCGAAGCUGUUUGGUCCGAACAGGAAUGCAGAUGGACGGCGAACGGCGUCACUGCUACGAAAGACUAAUGUGCCGGUAGACCUGGAUGCAGGUUUGGCUAGGGCCGACACUCGGUCUGAAACUGCACGGGCGUAUCGGAGGAAAGUGGCGGACCCCAAUCUUCCACAAUGGACUUCCCACCAAAUGAAUGAGACAAAUUUGCAAAUGAACAGUACUGGCCCGGAACACGACCGAUCACUGAAGGAUGGAGACUAUGCCGAAAAGCCCUUCAGUCCGACUGACAGCUGUGCACCACCACAUGACACAAACCUCCCCGAUAUGGCACCACGUUACAUGGCUGACCCAACCUUUGGCAAUCCGACCAGCAACAGAACUCACUUCUCAGCAAACAAGAAAAUUCACGGCCGCAGCCUGUCAGCGCGUGCAGUGAAGGCCAAGGCGGUACAGCGACAACACUAUUCCAAUACGAAGCAGACACACUUCACACUGGGCGAUGAUCCCGAUGCACCUGAUUUCAUACCCGAGGAUCCAGCUAUGUAUCCACACCAGAGACCACAUCAACGUAGCCAAAGCCUGCCAGGACCAGCACCGCUGAUGCCAAUUCAAGGCAGGCAGCCAGGCACCGCAACGGGCGUGACUGGGUCAAAGGGCACAUCGAAUAUAUUCCGAUCUGGUGACUAUAACGACACUGACAACACGACGAGCUCUUUCGGAACGCUCGGCCCUACGGUUAGCACGACCACACGCCGUGAUUUCCGUCCUCUCUCUGCUAGACGCGAGCCACCGCGAGCUGAGGUUCCAGUCAUACCAAGUGUGACCGGACAUGGGCACUCCACGAAAACUCCCACCGGCUACUCUCACAUCCUUCCAAGAGAUGACCAUGGUGGUAUCGCUGGUGAUGCCACAGCCACUGCUGUGGACAAACUGAGGAAUGCCUUGCAGAAGUGCAACUAUGAGAUACAUCAGAAUCCACGCGACCCAACCAGUAUCAACUUGCGCAAGGCAUUCAUGGCAUUCGAUGUCAGCCGGACUGGCUUUAUUGACUUCAAGACACUGCACAACAUGUGCAAGAAACUGACUGGGCUGCCGUUCAUUCCAGAAGAUCACGUGCGGAUGCUGUUACUGGACUGUGGCAUUCGCAGUGAAGAGGACAUUGACUACAUGACCUUCUUCCGAGAGUUGAACCGUCAAACAGCUCCUCUUAGCCAUGAGAAGGACUUACUGAGUGAACACCGGGAACGGUUCUCGGAACAAGCUGCCUCAUGGAGAGAAACUUCACGAACCUGUAGAAGCGAGCGUCAUUACCAAGAGAACAAGCACUUUGGCUGGCUGGAGCAAGCUGAGCGACCAGUGUCCGCUUAUCAGAAAGAUUUCCUUGGCAUCAACUCUCCUGUUAGGCGAACACCGGCACCUGGAGAUGGAAAGGUUGUUCCAGAAGCAACACUUGGCGUGACUCGUCCCAAAACGGCCAGCCAGCAACAUUUCAUCAACCAUAAGAAGACGAUCAUUGACAAUGAAUCAGAACGACUCAAGCCAAUGAAAGAGAAUGAGGUCCUGAUCAAUCUGGACCAGGUUGAGCUGCGUGCUGAUAUACCGGCCUCGGGUGACAAGGAACGACCACACCCAUCUGCAACCUCACAGACAAUAUUCGCCACCCCUGGUGAAUACGACCUUGAGAACGAUGACCACUUUCAAACACCACAUGACAUCCUGGAGACGGAUGGGGCACUUCCCAAGCCCAGGCCAAAAAGCAGGAGCGAAGUCAAGGAAUCCUACCCAGACUACACAGUGCAUCAAGGACCUCGCCUGAAGAAAGACAGAGCCCGCACUUGCCUGGCAUCAGCACAUCACUCACGCAGAAUACGGAGCACGCACUACUCGCUCGGUGACAACGGCAUAGAUGGGCACUUGACAGACAAGGCAAAUGAGUUCAGACUGUGGGAUCAUGCGGCAGUAGAGCGAGAGCAGAAUGCCCCAUCGGCCGGAGUGCGGAGCUUACCAGCUGAACACUACACGCACGUUAUCCCAAGCACUGAAGAUCAGUCUGAAGUUGAUGGAGAUGGAUUUGUACCACGGCCAGUUACCAGCACUCAUCGUAACUUGAGAGAUCAGAGUCAACAACAGCAUCUCAACCCGCGAGACCCGAUGACCAUCAACCUUCGCAAGGCUUUCCUGCAGUACGACACGGACUUGACCGGCAAGAUAGCAAUGGAGGACAUGAGGCGUGUGUGCCGUCAAAUGAACUUGGCUGCAGAUGGCCGUGUCAUCGACGACCUCCUAAGACAGUGUGACAAAGACCGUGAUGGCCAAAUCGACUAUCAUGAAUUUGCCAAGGCUUUCAACAAGCAAUAUACACCUAUCAAUGAUAUCAGUGUUAGGCAGAGGAGCAUGUCGGCGCGCGACUUCAACAAUCCAAGACAAACAAGAUGGUCAACUGGACAGCUCAUGUCAUUCCGGGACAAUGAGCUUCGCACCAAGACAGGAACACCCAUGAACUCGCAUUACUUUGUCGAAGACCAGUCCAAAGCUCAAUACUCUUCAUUUACGCACAGUGACUUUCCAUCGCAUUAUCACAGUGGCACAGGACUGCCGAUGGUGUGAAUAAGAUACUGUGAUGUGGGGAACCUUCCAAAAAAAUUGCCAAAUGCCACCAGCCAACCAUGAAUACACAGCACCUGGGGGAAAGCGCCAUGCUGGCAAGUGCAUGUUCUCCCAUAAUUGCAACAACAUGCACUGCAGGUGAAGUACAUGAUAGCCCUACAUUCACUAGCUACAGCUGGAACAAUGCUGGAUGGGAGAUUUUCUGCAGAUGAAUCAACCCGGCAGCCUCCUGUUCUCACAUUUAGAAUUUUCCUUCUGCCCUGACAAGCUGUGGCCUUCCGAACUCCUGUCCCCGGCAUUGCUGCUACGUGCGCAGUAAUGAAGGCGUAUAUGCCGGCAUCGGCUCAGGAAGAUACAUGGCUCCACACAAGUAUGACCUAUGAAAACAGUGCUACCGUGAUAGUGUACAUGUACUCAAGAAUGUGUCCGUGUUCUUUAGAGCGAGUAGAAUUCCUGGCCAGUUCAAAGCCAUAUUCAGUGGUCAUUGGCUCCAAGUCCGAAGCUCCCAGCUUGGCUUUGGACCAAUUGGUGGAUUUAGAUCCUGUCCGUCUUCAGUAGAGAACAUUGUUUCUUUCUUUUUUUAGUGUAGGAGAUAAGUUUGUGCUAUCACUGUAUCAGUAUAAUUACGAGUCAACCUCGCUUUCUGGAUCAUCGUGUAUUCAAAAUAGCUGACUAAAAGGGCAAUGCCUUGAUAAACAAUUACUUUUGAGAGGGAUUGAUUGAUCUUUGCAUACUCUAUUCUUAUCAAAAUAAUAAUCAUAUGAUAUCACUUUGGUGGACCUGUACUGUAUUGAAAUACGUUGACCAUGAUCAGUCAUCCUACUGGUAAGCGGAAUUUCUCUCCAAUAGAAAUACCGUACACGAAGUUCUUGUCCCAUGAAGAGAAAGAUCAUGAUGUUCCCAUCCCGA